AUGCUGAGAGACACCAUGAAAACGUGGAAUGAAAGUUCAGAUAUAUACAGCAGUGACCAAGAAGAGGAGGAAGAAGAGAUGAUCUUUGGAGAAAAUGAUGAUGAUCUUGAAGAACUAAUGGAUUUUAGUGACCUUCCAACAUCUCUGUUUGCAUGUAGUGUUCAUGAGUCUGUCUUUGAGGUAGAUGAGCAGAAGGAAAGAUUCAAAGCUCUCUUCACUAUCUAUGACCAUCAGGUCUCCUUUCAGCUGUUCAAAAGCUUUAGAAGAGUUAGAAUAAAUUUCAGCAAUCCAGAAGCUGCAGCUAGAGCGAGAAUUGAGUUGCAUGAAUCUGACUUCAAUGGAAAGAAGUUAAAGUUAUAUUUUGCACAGGCCCAGGUGUCUAAUGAGGAAGGAGAGAAGUCUUUUCUGUUGCCUCCACAGCCAGUGAAGCAGUUUCUAAUCUCCCCUCCAGCAUCUCCACCAGUAGGAUGGAAGCAAAGUGAAGACCCAACUCCAGUGAUCAACUAUGAUCUUCUGUGUGCUGUGUCAAAGCUGGGCCCAGGAGAGAAGUAUGAGCUACAUGCAGGGACUGAGUCCACUCCUAGUGUAGUUGUUCACGUAUGCGAAAGUGAAACUGAGGAAGAUGAAGAUGACAUGAAGGGACCAAAACAAAAGAUAGUUCAGACAAAGCGCCCUUCGCUUCCCUCAGCCAUUCUAAACUAG